AUGAUCCUCAUUCUUAUUCUGCCUUUCGCUAUUAUUCUGGGUUUCCUUCUGCAGAGGAGAACAGGAUAUGACAGACUUCCUCCUGGACCACGCCCACUACCAUUCAUUGGAAAUAUUCAUCAACAUUCCAUCAAUAGUGCACCUUGGGAGCAAUGGUACAAGUGGCACAAGCAAUAUGGGCCAAUAAUCAGUUUCAGGCUAGGACAAAGAACCAUCAUCUCGAUCGCCAACCAUAAAAUGGUCGGGGACUUGCUAGAGAGGAGAGCUCGGAUAUAUUCAUCCCGCCCACAACUUAUCAUGCUCAACGAGUGGCUGACCAAGGGGAUGCUCGGGGUGUUCAUGCCAUAUGGCCCAAAAUGGGAAUCACUUCGCCGACUGAGGAUGCCACUGCUCAGUUCACAAGCAGUUAGCGCGAUGGAGAUUCUACUUGAUGUUGAAACUCUACGGCUGAUCCGAGCGCUAGAGAGUAACCCCCCUCCCACGCAAGUCAUUCUUACCCAGUUCUUGCAUAGCUUUGCCUCAACAUUGCUCUACGGUGGCACGGUUGAAUUUAAAGAUGAUGGCGACGUAUUUCGCGGGUUUAAUGAUUUUCAGGAGGAGCUGUUGUCCUUUGCUCUAACCAGCGAUGCUGUUAUAGAAGUAUUUCCAAGUCUAGUGCCGCUGCUGGCUAUGUUCGGGAAGUUUGCGAAAUCCAAGAAACGGGGGACAAGGUUCCAUUCUACGCUGCUGCAAACGUUUCAUGCGAAAUUGGAUUAUGGACUGCGCCAGGAGUCGUGGAACCUUGCUAAAGAGAUCUGUGGUUGUCAGCCUCCCGAUAUUACCCGCGAUGAAGUGGCCUAUUUUCUGGCGGAGCUGGAGCUUGGAAUAGUCGAAGCCACGUCAAUGAUGUUGAAGCAUUUUGUGGACAUAGCAACUGAACAGCCAGACGCAUUUGCAGCAGCACAGAAUGAGAUAGAUACGGUUGUUGGGACUCAAAGACUGCCCACAGUCGAGAAUAGGGAGAAAUUGCCGUAUGUCAACGCUCUGAUCACGGAGACGAUGCGCUGUAAGACGCUAGGGCCGAUGAGUAUCCCUCGCGCAGCCACACAGCAGGACGAAUACAUGGGAUAUACUAUUCCGCGCGGCUCAACAAUCAUUUUGAAUCAGUGGGCGCUGAACAACGAUGAGGAUAUCUAUACCGACCCAUUCAUGUUCAAGCCACAGAGGUGGAUCGAAACGCCAGAGCUUCCCCAGCCAUUUGCAUUCGGAGCUGGGAAACGCUUAUGUCCUGGACAAUCAUUAGCUCAAAACAUCCUAUUUAUGUCCGUGUCCCGUAUCCUCUGGGCGUUCGAUAUCGACCCGGUGGCGGAUACUAUCGUCACCCAUAAACGCCAAUCAUGGCUUUUGUGUGAGCCAAGUGACAGAAAUGUUGUGUUCCAGUUUCGCAGCUCAGAGCAAAAGGCAAUUGUAGAGAAUAAAUGGGAUGCCGUAGCCAAGGACAAUAAUUGGGUUCUUGGGAUCAUUCACAAAUGUUGGAUGCGCUUGGAGCGGUAA